AUGGGAACCAACGCCUGUCGCUUUCAUCACCAGCCCAAGACUCCAGAUGAAGCAGAAUGCCAUGGACAGUCUCAGUCAUGGCGAGUUUCUGUCAGCACACCAAAGACAUUUAAACAGAAACACCCCCCAGGCCAGCUGGAUGAUAACGUUGGACACAUAAAAUGGAUGGGUCCUGGACCUCUUAAGGUCCCCCCUGGUGGUUCAGCCCUGGCCGCUUAUUUUAAGAACUGGUCUGGACACGAUCAAUAUAAAGACAGAACGAAGAUUGUGAAAGAAGGUAAAUUUGGAGACUACAGUUUGAUCCUGAAGAAUCCAACAAAGAGAGACACAGGAACCUACAGCUGCACCGUUUACAAAUAUGGGUCAGGAAAAAUCCUGACCAUGAAACAUGUGCUGCUUGAUGUCAAAGCUGGACCUGACUCUCUCAUCAUAGCCAUAGACUUUGGUUCAGGAUUCAGUGGCUACGCCUUCAAUGUUAAACCCAGAAAGGAAGGAGGUGAGACCCAGAUAAAGAGAUGGAGUAAUGGACUUGGACUAGACACCCCAAAGACUCCAACCUGCAUCCUGUUUGAUGAACAUCAACAAUUUGUCAGCUUCGGAUAUAAAGCCAAACAGACUUACUUAAAAACAUCAGGCAAAGAUGGCAGAGCAAUGUUCUUCUUUGAUUGCUUUAAGAUGUCACUCUAUGGCAAAAGAGUCAGCACAGACUUGACAAUCAAAGCAGCCAAUAGGAGGGAAAUGAAGGCUCUGAAGGUUUUUACAGAAGCUUUAAGAUUCCUGAAAGAUGACGCUCUGAAGACCAUUCAACAAAACACUGAAGGAAAGAAGUUCACAGCCUCUGACUUCACCUGGGUUCUGACGGUUCCUGCAAUCUGGGAUCAUUCAGCCAAACAGUUCAUGAGAGAAGCUGCAACUCAGGCAGGAAUUGUGUCAGAGGGAACUAAACACAAUCUGGUGUUUGCUCUGGAACCAGAAGCAGCUUCAGUCCACUGUAAGAAACUACCAUUAGAGGGUUUCAUAGCAGAAAACCGUGGUGAAAGCAAACUGGACCAAUCUCCAGGAACUCGGUACAUCGUUGUUGAUUGUGGAGGUGGUUCUUAUCCUCUGAGCUCGGCUCCUCUACCA